AUGGCUAAACGUAUAAGCCAGAGCUCUAUCAACUGGGCCGCCCUAGCCGAGAGGGUCCCCGCAGAACAAAAGUCCAACUUAGCUGCUUUUAAAGUUAAGUCUGAUGGCUACCUCCGCAGGGUAUUGGCUAGCCCUCCAGAGCCACCAAAGAUCAACUGGGCAGCUUACAAGCAGGUUGUUCCCAUUCCCGGCAUGGUGGACAACUUUCAAAAACAGUAUGAAGCCCUCAAGGUCCCAUAUCCCACGGACACCAUGAGUGCUAAGGUUGACGCUCAGUGGGGAGAAAUUAAGAAGGCCAUCGAAGCAUUUGUACAGGAAUCAAACAAAAACAUUGCUAAAUACCAACAGCAAAUGGAUGAGCUCAAUGCCCUGUUGCCAUACAACCAGAUGACUCUAGAAGACUUCAAGGAUGCCCACCCUGAACUGGCACUCGACCCCAUCAACAAGCCGACCUUCUGGCCACACACACCCGAGGAACAACCCGACUAUGUCGACCCCGAGAAACCAGCGCAGAGCGGCCACUGA